UAAGAAGUUGGAGAGAGACAAAGAGGAAGAGAAAAUAGUUAGGGCUUAUCGGAAGUUGCAGUAACUUAUCGUUCCCGAACGACUUUGCUUCUUCUCCUUUCUUUCAUUCGCUCUCUUGAUCUCUUUAUCUAAAGAAGGAGACUAACGGAAUGCAAUGGAUGAAACUUACUCGGAACUGGGGGGAGCUUAGUGAAGUGUGUUUUCGUAGUAUUGGCUUGAUGUUUAUUAAGCAAGUCAAACUGCUCAUGAUUGACCAAAAUCCUAUAUUUCGUGAGUUGGUUGUUGGGGAUGUCUUCUGAUACUGCAAAAGAAAAUGCAUCUGUAGUCGAUUCAUCAGUGACUGAAUGGAAACAAGAUAUGGGAAAUUCGGAUGACCCAGAGAGCUUUAGUUACAAAGGUAAUGAGGGCAGCUACCCAUCAAGGGCGGAAAAAGCAGGGAACUCUUGUGAUCUACUUGGGAUUUCAACUACUAACAAAAAGGGUAGAUUGUACAAUACAAGAUAUUUCAUCAUUAAGAGUUUGAACCAUCAUAACAUCCAACUCUCAAUUGAGAAAGGAAUUUGGGCUACUCAAGUCAUGAAUGAACCUAUUCUUGAAGAAGCCUUCCAUAACUCUGGUAAAGUAAUUCUUAUAUAUAGUGUAAACAUGAGUGGCUUCUUCCAAGGGUACGCCCAAAUGAUGUCUUCUGUUGGUUGGAGGCGAGACAAUGUUUGGAGUCAAGGAAAUGGCAAAAGCAAUCCCUGGGGGCGCAGCUUUAAGGUCAAGUGGCUGUGUUUAAAUGACUUACCUUUUCAAAAGACUCUUCAUCUCAAGAACCCAUUGAAUGACUACAAACCCGUCAAAAUUAGCCGGGAUUGCCAGGAGUUAUCUCCAGAUAUUGGAGAAGCUCUCUGUGAGCUCCUUAAUGCGAAGAGUGAUGUGGAUGACUCGCUGAGUAGUCUUUACAGGAACGAUCUUCCUUCGAAAAGGCUUUGUGUAGAGUCUCCAUGUUCUUUAGGGGAUGAAGACUAUAAUGUGCCUCAAAUGCAUAUGUCAUGGUCCAGAACGCCCAUCCUUUAUCCUUCACUGCUGUAUCCACAUCAGGUUGAAGCAAAUAGAAUUGAUUUAGCAAACCAGAGUUCUACAGGGGUUACUUUUUCUAAAAAUUCGCCUAUGACUACUGGUGCAUCAAAAGUUGAAAGGAUGAAACGUUCCCACAUUAGUGGAGACUUUACCAAUUUACGAGUGGAAAUGGAUAUGUCUCCUCGUUUUGAUAGUUGGGGUUUGUCAGCAGAAAGCCCGCAUGCUAGUACUCUGACAGAGGAUGAUUUCCUUGAAAUGUCUUAUGAAGAAUAUCUGGAGCAUACUAGAAGCAGCAAACAGUUAUGCCUCCCUGUUGCUGGACCGUCUGGGAAAAUGAAGGAGUCAUCAAGAAGCAAAAAGCAUGAUGAAAAUAUGAAAGCUUCUUUCUCUCUCCGGAAGGUGUUGCUGUUUUCAGGAGUUUCGCCAUUUCCUGCAAGGCAAUGACCAGUGAAGUUAUUUGUUCUUUCCCCAAAUUGGGACUCGAUAUGUUGUUGUAUAAAAUCGUACUAUAACAUAAAAUCUCAUAACGGGACUUACUGGGGGCUGGUUGCCAACUUGUACAUAUAUUGAUGCAGCAUUGGCUCCUCUCUCUC